GCUUCUCCCUCUGCCGGAAGCGGAUCCCGCCGGUCUCCGGGCAGCGCCGGGGCCGGAGCGGAGGGAGCUGCCCGUGCCCCGGUGCUCGGCGGGCAGAAUAUUCCAGAGACCAUCUGUGAUUGUUUUCAAGAUAGUUUCGCUUAAUGAGGUAUGGGAGAGAAGGAGCCAUGUCAGAAGAGGCAGUUACUGAGACACGAUUUUCUCUGAAGACAGUAGCUCUACGGGUGUUUCAUCUUCCCCUUUCCUGGUAUUAUUCUCUUAACCAGAUAAAGCUUUCCCCAGGCUUAAAGAAACUUUUCACAGUAACAGCAGUGAGUGCAAUAUCUGUGAUUUUUCUGGCCCAUCACUUUAAAAGAAGACGUGGAAAGAAAAACAAGAAAGUGCCACCAUGGGAGCCAGCUCAUCUCGUAUUAGAGUGUACCAAAGCAGCUGCUUCAGAAAAAGGUUCUAGUUGUUCCAGUAGUCGACAAAACUUGACUCUUUCUCUGAGCUCUGCCAAGGAAAAAGGAUCUCAGUCCUGUAUCUAUGCAAAUGGAGGACUUUUCAGUAAAUACUCUGGUUCAGUUCAGAGCCUGGCCUCGGUUCAGAGUGCCACCUCUUGUCACAGUUGUGCUUGUGCCAAUUCUAAUUCCUGGGAUAAAGCAGAUGAAGAUGACCUUAAGCUUGUCAAUAUUCCAGUGACUACACCUGAAAAUUUGUAUUUGAUGGGUAUGGAGCUGUUUGAGGAGGCCCUGAGGCGCUGGGAGCAGGCCCUGACUUUCCGUAACAGGCAAGUUGAGGAUGAAGCAAUCUGUGGUUCCAUUAAGCUGGGAGCAGGAGAUGCAAUUGCAGAAGAAAGUGUAGAAGAUAUCAUUAGUGCUGAAUUCAUUCAUAAGCUUGAAUCCCUUCUUCAAAGAGCUUAUCGUCUUCAGGAGGAGUUUGAAGCCACCCUUGGGGUCUCUGAUCCUGCUGCUCUAGCUAAUGAUAUUGAUAAAAAUACAGACAUUACUGUAAAGGAUAAUGGGGAUGAUUUCUGCCUUCGAGAUACAUUAAGCAUUGCAUCCACGGAUUCCUUUGUUUCCACAGCUGAGCUUUCAGAGCACAGAGAGAUUCGUAGCACGUAUGGUCUGGAUUCCCUUUGCCACUGCCCCCUGUAUGAAGAAGCCAUGCACUUAGCAGAAGAGGGCAAAAUUUAUUCACGGGUGUUAAGGACUGAAAUGUUUGAAUGUCUAGGAGACAGUGACUUCCUUGCUAAGCUUCAUUGUAUUCGACAAGCUUUUCAGAUAAUUCUUUCAGAAACAUCAAACAGAAUAUUUCUUGCUGAAAGUGGAAGAAAAAUUUUGUCUGCUUUAAUUGUGAAAGCACGAAAGAAUCCAAAGAAAUUUGAAGAUGUCUUUGAUGAAAUGAUAUAUUUUUUGGAGCAAACAGAUCACUGGGAUAAUACCGAAAUGGAACUUGCUGCUAGAGGAGUGAAAAAUCUGAAUUUUUAUGAUGUUGUCCUGGACUUCAUAUUAAUGGAUUCAUUUGAAGAUUUAGAAAAUCCACCAAUAUCUAUACAGAAUGUAGUAAAUAACCGCUGGUUAAAUUCCUCUUUUAAAGAAACUGCUGUGGCUUCAAGUUGUUGGUCAGUACUGAAGCAAAAAAGACAGCAAAUGAAGGUGCCUGAUGGAUUUUUUGCACAUUUCUAUGCUAUAUGUGAACAUAUCAGCCCUGUUUUGGCUUGGGGCUUUUUGGGCCCUAGAAAUUCGCUGUAUGAUCUAUGCUGCUUCUUCAAGGAUCAAGUGCUUUUCUUCCUCAAAGACAUUUUUGAUUUUGAGAAGGUGAGGUACUCAACCAUGGAGAGCCUGGCCGAGGACCUGACGCAGCUGCUGAUGCGGCACACGGAGCUGCUGCUGGCCUACCUGGGGGCAGACUCCCUGAGGCACGUUGGGGCCUGUGUCAGUGGCCACAGGCCUGUCCUGACCACGGGGCUCCUGGAAGCAAAAGUACAGUAAGCUUCAACCCCUGGCACGUGGCAGGGAGUGCACACAGAUGUGCUCUUUUCCACCCUUUUCUACUGUGGCUGUUACUGAGCGAGCAUCUGGGAAUGCAUCGUGUUGCUAAGUAUGGAAAAGGACUCAGGGAGGUUAAAUGUACAUCUGUGAAAGGAACUGGGGAGUGUAUUACUGUAUAUACCUAAAUUAAUUUUGCAGCUCAGCUGUCGCUGUAUUUAUAUUUCAUGUAUCCCAAAGCUUUUUUCUGUAAUAUUCGGGUAAAGUUUAUUUAUGAAAUACUGUACUUUUGCACAAAUAAUUCGUAAGUGAAGCUGAUGGAGUUGUUUCCUUUAAAAGCUUAUAGUACAAAAUGUUCAUUGCAGAGUCUCCAAAGCAUUAGGUGUCUAGAUCUAGAAGGUGUUUUGACUGGGGUGUCUGCAGUCUCUGAUUCAUGUGACACGUGCAAUAAAGUAAUCACACACACAGAACUGAACAUGUUGCCCCUGCCCCAGAAUUCCAUUUGUGUGGGUGUCAGCAGCCAUUUUGUACUACAGUGUGAUGGAGCAGUGCAGGAAAUGCAAGCACCAUUUGGGCAGGAAUGACUGCCAGUAUGCAAUUUUUACUUUAUUUUUAUUUAAAAUGUCUAAACAUCACUAAGGUGUUUUAAAAUACUUCUUUAUAUUUGAAAAGCUAGCUUCACCAAUUAAUUUAAAACUUUCUUGUUCUAAAACCAUUACUACUCAAUAUGGUGGUAAAUGAACCAAUGUUAAUCUCAGUUCAUAUGUAGCAUUUCAAAAUAUAUUUUUAAUAAGUAUGUAUUAUAAGAUUUAUUAAUAAUGAAACAGAAUUGAAGGCAGUGUUUUAUAAUUUAAUAAUUUGUGUCUUCCUCCCUUCUUUGUGGGAAGUCAGGUGUCUGUUUAAGAGGAGAUUUGUGCAAUUGUGGCCAUCUCUGUGCAGUGUAAAACUGUGGCUCAGGCCAUGGAACCCUGAACUUCAGACAGGAGCACAGCACCUUCAGAAGGUAUGAGGCACCUUGCAGCAAUGGCUUUUCCUGUUCCAGAGGUGAUAAAUUAUGAUGAGCUGUUAUCCUUGAAUUUCUGUCAACUGAAGCAAUGCUUCACAGUUAGUUUAGGCUCUAAAACAGCUCUUCCAUGCCUUUGCUACACAAAGCCAGCCCACAAGAAUCCAUCCCAUGUCAAGAAAUACAGAGUAAUUCCAAAUACUCAGAUACUUGAGAAGCAUGUUGUUAAAAUCUGGGAUAUCAAAACAAACUUUGACUAGCAACAUUUCAAAUUUCAUGUCAAACACAACCCAAAAGGAUGCUAUUCAAAAUGAGGGCCUGUGUAAUUCACAGAUUUCACUGGAGCCAGCAUUUUGCUCCUUUGUUGUACUCACUUGAUAAAUACAAAAAGUGAUGAAAAUGUGUCAUAUUACUUGUGUGAAAUGCCAACUGAUUAUAGUUUAUUUAACAGAAAAGAGUAUACUCUAUAUGUAAUAAACCAGAAAUUCCAAAUGC